AUGUUUGCACCUGCAAAAUCCCUCGUCCUGUAUAAGGACUACCACAAGGAUGCGAAAGACCUACUGACAAAGAACUACAGCAGUGCGCAAAAGUGGAAACUGGAGUCCAAGUUCAAAGGUCCCAAGGAUAAACUCAUCCUGAACCCCACCGUCACAUCCGAUGGCGCAUUUUCAACAGAUCUGGAAUAUACGAUCAGUCAGUGCGGUGCGGCCUUGAAGGGCACGUACGCAACAUCUACCUCAAAUGUCACUGGAACUGUGACGUACCACUAUAAAGGCCACAAAAUUGAGGGUGUGGUGAACAAAAAUGGGAACUACGAGGUGAGCCAUGAAGGAAACUUUCAGGGUCUCCUUUCCCUGCAUGAAAAACUGACGAAAAAAACGUUGGAAGUUGGUGCUGGUACAGCUAUCGGGCCAUACUGCAGCGUUGGCUGCGGUGCUCUCUACAAUUUGGGAGCAAAAGGCAACUGUGAUUGGACUGCUUCGUGCCGCUACGCGCGCUGCGGUUACACGGCAGCCGUCCGCACAAAUAAACUCAACACAUACACCACCAGUAUCACUGCUCGUGUGCCAAAGUGCCCCCAUCGUGUCGUUGUUGGUGCUGAGGUUGUGUGCGGACGUGGCCAGCCAUGGACAGGUGUUGUUGGUGUGGAAGCAGACUGUGUUCUGGUGAAGGGCAACGUGCUCAAGGCGCGUGUAAACAAGAAACUUGAAUGGGCAGCAGUGUAUAUUGCGAAACUCAUUGAUAACUGGACUGUUGCGGUGACAGUGGAUAAGAGCCUCAAACCCGGUGUCCUUAUUACCCAUUCGUAG